CUAAUAAUAGCUCUCUGAUCCUGUGGCUGUUGUCAGUGUGUGAGUGUGGAUCUGACUGGAUGGAGACAGGCAGCAGUGGCUCGCAGGUCUGAAGACACAACAGAGGCAGCGAUGAACCGACAAGGUUUUGGUGGUGCUGCAGCGUCCGUGAACUUCUCCACGAGAACACCAGAGACCACCAUCAAUGGACGCCCGCCCUCAGAUCUGACGGAUGAGGAAGUAGACGGUCUACGCUAUGAACUUGCAAAGGCGGAGGAUGAAAUUCAGACUUUGCGGCAGGUGCUUUUGGCCAAAGAAAAAUAUGCCACAGAUGUCAGGAGGCAGCUUGGUUUGAGUCCCAUCGGCAACAUCAAACAGAACCUGUCCAAAGGCUGGCAGGAGGUGCAGACAUCCGGCCCGUAUCUCUCCGCCUCCGCCACCCUGGACGACAUCAGCCGCUCCAACGCGUAUGUGAGGACACGGGACGGUCUCUCUCAAGCAGGACAUGCGACGACCUCUGUGCUGUCCAAUGUGGGCGUGGCCAUCACCAGGAGGCUGGCAGAGAUGAGAGCUCUGCCUCUCCCGAGUCCCCCCCGAAACCUGAGCCACACCAUCAGUGUCCCGAGCAUGAGACACUCGUCUACUUUCAAGUCCUUCGAGGAAAUGGUUGGGACUGUGAAGGAUAAGGUGACGAGUAGCGCAGACAUGUCCGGGUCGGAGAGAAGAUCCUCACGCCACAGCUCAUGA